AUGGAUAUUAAUAAUAGAUAUAUCUAUGGUGGUUCUCUUGAAUUACUAGAACUUGAUGUGCCAGUGAUUCUAUCUGUCCUCACUGCGGCAGACGAAUUGUGCUUGACUGAGAUCUUUGGUUACAUUGAAGAUUACCUUCUUCAAGACUUUGACCAGUUACUAAAACAUUUUGUUCAAGUUCAAACAUUUGCAUCGCAGCAUCACCAUUUCACAAAAUUACUCGCGUUUUGUGUUAAAACGAUGGAGCAGGAUCCUUCAAUCAUGUUCGAGCACGAAGAUUUCAACCUUAUCACACAAGAAACAUUAAUCACUCUUUUAAAAUGUAAUAAUCUUGUCAUGCGAGAAAUAGAUUUAUGGAAUAAGGUGGUCGGAUGGGGGAGAGCGCAAGAUUCGUGCCUGUCAUCGAUGGAAAAUGAAAGUUGGACUAAUGAAAAUUUCUUGACAUUAAAUAGUUUAAUCCAACCAUGCAUUCGUUUAAUUAAUUUUGCAUCCAUAAACAGGAAUGAUUUCUUAGAAAGGGUUGCCCCUUUUAAGCAAGCUUUUAAUGACGAUUUUUAUGAUCAGAUCUUGGAAAAUUAUGAGUCAAAACCACCAUCCAAUCAACAUCAGGAUGGAAUCGAUUCGGUUUUGAUUGAUUCGAAACAUUUGGCGUUAAUAUGCGAUUGGUUGACAAAUGAUAAGCAUGUAUCAUAUCAAAAUAUUCCUUUUGAAUUUCAUUUACUUGUAAGAGGUAGUAGGAAUGGGUUUGGGUAUAAAGUCUUUCAUGAAUUAUGUGAUUUGAAGGGUCCAACUAUAACCAUCUUGAGGGUUCACACUUCUGGGGAAUUGUUAGGAGGUUACAAUCCCUUGAAUUGGGAUUCCUCCAAGAAAAUUUAUUACAAAACGAAUAAGAGUUUUAUCUUUUCCUUGGGUGAUAAGAAUUUACAAAAUACGAUAUAUUCAAAGAUAAAAGAACCCGAUGAGGCGAUUUUUCAGUAUAGGGCGUUGGGUCCUUGUUUUGGUGGUGGUAUCUCUGAUUUAAAAUUAUAUUUGGGAUUUGAUGAUGCUUAUGGAUGUACAGGUAAUUGCUUUAAGAAAAGCUACGAGAAAAGCAUCAUGAAGAAAUCUAAAUUUUGGGUGGACGAAUAUGAGGUUUUUAGAAUCAUCAAAAAAAUUCCUUGA